GCCCGGAAGAGGAGGAAGAGGAAAGAAAGAGGAGUCUGGAAUGGCUCUUUCUCAGGCACAGUUGACAUUCAAGGAUGUGGCCAUAGAAUUCUCUCAGGAGAAGUGGGAAUGCCUGGACCCUGGUCAGAGGGCCUUGUACAGGGACGUGAUGUUGGAGACCUACAGGAACCUGCUCUCCCUUGAUACCCCUCUUAAAUGUGUGAUCAAGGAAUCAGCACCAAAAGAGAACAGUCAUACAGGGGAAAUGUUGCAAACAGUGUUGUUGGAAAGACAUGAAAGCUGUGAGACUGAGGACUAUGGCUAUAGGGAAAUCCAGAGAAAUAUGCGUGACUUUGAGUACCAGUGGAGAAGUGACAAAAUAAAUUACAGAGGAGUGCCUGUCACCCAUAAGAAAAAUCUCACUGGUAGAAGAGAUCAACAUGGUAGAAGAGAUGAAGGAAACAAGCCUAUUGAAAACAAGCUCGGACUAAGCUUUCAGUCACAUCUGGCUGAACUGCAGAUAUUUCCAAAUGAAGGGCAAUUUUAUGAGUAUCAUCAAGUUGAGAAGUCUAACAACAGUGGUUCCUCAUUUUCAGUACUUCAGAGAAUUCUUCCGAGUGUCCAAACCAACAUUUUUAAUGAAUAUGGGAAUGAUUUCUGGCAUUCUUCAUUACUCACACAAGACCAGAAAGCAUACAUUAGGGAAGAACCUUACAAAUAUGAUGAGUAUGACAAAGCAGUUAAUCAUGGCUCACAACUCACUAACCAUCAGGUAAUCCACACAGGUGUGAAACCUUACAAAUGUAAUAUAUGCGGCAAAGCCUUUAAUCAGAGCUCACAUCUCACUAGACAUCAAAGAAUCCACACAAAAGGGAAACAUCACAAGUGUGAGGAAUGUGGUAAGGGCUUCAGUUACAGUUCACACCUUGUACGUCAUCGCAGAAUUCAUACCGGAGAGAAACCCUACCAGUGUGGCGAGUGUGACAAAGCCUUUAGUGUGUAUUCAAGUCUUAUUUAUCAUCAGGUCGUCCAUACUAGAGAGAAACCUUACAAAUGUAAUGAGUGUGGCAAAGUCUUCAGUCAGAGUUCAAGCCUUACUAAUCAUCGCAGGAUUCAUACUGGAGAGAAACCAUACAAAUGUAAUAAAUGUGGCAAAGCCUUUAAUCAGAGCUCCCACCUCACUCGACAUCAGGUCAUGCACACUGGAGAGAAACCCUACAAAUGUAGUGAGUGUGGGAAAGUCUUCACUCAAAACUCAAGCCUCGUAAGUCAUCGGAGAAUUCAUACUGGGGAGAAGCCGUACAAAUGUAACGAGUGCGGCAAAGCAUUUGGUGUGUAUUCAAGUCUUACUUAUCAUCAGGUCACCCAUACUAGAGAGAAACCUUACAAAUGUAAUGAGUGUGGCAAGGUCUUCAGUCAGAGUUCAAGCCUUCCUAGUCAUCGCCGGAUUCAUACCGGAGAGAAACCUUAUAAAUGUAAUCAGUGCGGCAAAUCCUUUAUUCAUUGCUCAAACUUCAACAGGCAUAAGAAAAUCCACUCUGGAGAGAAACCUUACCAAUGCAGUGAGUGUGGCAAGGUCUUCACUCAAAACUCAAGCCUCGUAAAACAUCGCAAGAUUCCUACUGGAGAGCAGCCUUACACGUGUAAUGAAUGUGGGAAGGCUUUUUAUUAAACAUUCAUGGCUUUGAUGUCAUGAGAGGAUUUAUACCUGAGAGAAACCAGGGAAAUUUACUGAAUGUGGAAAGGCCUUUAAGCAAGUGUCCCCUCAGGAUUCACCAAAGAAUUCAUAAUGGAAAGAA